AUGGCAACUCACCUGAUCCCCGAUGGACAGCACAGGGCCAUAAGCGAUGCCAUGGCCCUGGCGAGCUGCCAGGGACACUCAGUGUCCGGAUCAUCUGGCAGCAACAGCCAACUGUGCAAAUGCCUUUUGCAUGUGGGUCCGUGGGGGAGAUGCAUGGGAGAUGAAUGCGGUCCAGGUGGCAUCCAGACGCGAGCGGUGUGGUGUGCCCAUGUGGAGGGCUGGACCACGCUGCCCACAAACUGCAAGCAGCCAGAGCGACCAGACAACCAGCAGACCUGUUUUCGGGUCUGCGACUGGCACAAGGAGCUGUACGACUGGCAGAUCGGUAACUGGAACCAGUGUCGGCCUGUCCUCUCCCGGAGCCAUGAGAAACCCCUGGAGUGCCUCAGAGGGGAAGAAGGGAUCCAGACAAGGGACAUCACUUGUAUUCAGAAGUCCAACGGGGUGCCAGCUGAGGAUGUCAUCUGCGAGUACUUUGAGCCGAAGCCCCGCCAGGAGCAGGCGUGCCUCAUCCCGUGCCGGCAGGACUGCAUCGUGGCUGAAUUCGCCCCCUGGUCGGAGUGCUCCAAGACCUGCGGCAAUGGGCUUCAGCAUCGAACUCGGCACGUUGUGGCCCCACCGCAGUUCGGUGGGUCUGCUUGUCCUAACCUCACCGAGUUUCAGAUCUGUCAGUCUAGCCCCUGCACUGCUGAAGAAAGCCUCUAUAGCCUAAAUGUGGGACCCUGGAGCGCAUGCUCAGUGCCCCACUCGAGACAAAUAAGGCAAGCAAGGAAGCGAGGGAAGAGCAAAGACAAGGAAAAGGACAGAGAAAAGGCAGUUCGGGAUCCUGAGGCUCGUGAGUUGAUUAAGAAGAAGAGGAAUCGAAACAGACAGAAUAGACAGGAGAACAAAUAUUGGGACAUACAAAUUGGGUACCAAACCAGGCAGGUCACAUGUACUCACAGAAAUGGGAAAACUGCCGCUCUGAGCUUCUGCGAACAAGACAAGUUGCCCAUUACGUUCCAGUCCUGUGUGAUCACGAAGGAGUGCCAGGUGUCAGAGUGGUCAGAAUGGACACCCUGCUCCAAAACCUGCUUUGACAUGACAACCCCUAAAGGGAAUCGUACAAGAUCACGGACCAUUAAACAGCUGCCUAUCGGCAGUGAAAGCGAAUGCCCGCAACUAGAAGAAACAGAGCAGUGUGUUUCUCAAGGAGAUGGUGUGGCACCAUGCAUUACGUACGGUUGGCGGACCACAGAGUGGACAGAAUGCCGUGUCGAUCCUCUCCUUAGCCAACAGGACAAGAGGCGAGGAAAUCAGACUGCGCUGUGUGGAGGUGGCGUUCAAACACGGGAAGUGUACUGUGUGCAAGCUAAUGAAAAUCUCCUCUCCUAUUUAAACACCCUCAAGGAAAAAGAAGAAAGUCAGUCACAGAGCAAGUGGAAGGCUAGUGCUGCACCUCUGCUAUCGAUCACUUUUGAAAUAACAGCCUCGAGGCCAGUGGACCGUCGGCUGUGUACGGGACCUCUACCCAGCACCUCCCAGCUGUGCCAUAUCCCCUGUCCUAUAGAGUGUGAGACCUCAGCAUGGUCAGCCUGGGGACCAUGCACCUAUGAAAGCUGUGAUGACCCUCAGGCCAAGAAGGGCUUUAAACUAAGGAAACGGCGCAUCACUAAUGAGCCUACAGGAGGAACAGGAAACUGCCCUCACCUGCUGGAAGCCAUCCCGUGUGAAGAGCCCUCCUGCUAUGACUGGAGAAUUGUGGGGCUGGAGGAGUGUGUUCCCGACAAUGAGAAGCCAUGUGGCCCCGGUACGCAGGUUCCUGUUGUCGUCUGCGUCAACAGUGAUGGAGAAGAGGUUGACAGACAGCUGUGUAGAGAUGCAAUCUACCCAAUCCCGGUUGUCUGCGAAGCUCCAUGCCCAAAGGACUGUGUGCUCAGCACGUGGUCCGCAUGGUCCUCCUGCUCACACACCUGCUCCGGCAAAACCACAGAAGGGAAGCAGAUGCGUGCCCGCUCCAUUCUGGCGUAUGCAGGUGAAGGAGGAAUACAGUGCCCAAAUAGUAGUGCCCUGCAGGAAACACGCAGCUGUAACGAACACUCUUGCACUGUGUAUCAUUGGCAGACCGGCCCGUGGGGACAGUGCAUAGAGGAUACGUCUGUCUCUGCUUUCAACUCCUCUGCCAGCUGGAACGGGGAGGCCACCUGUUCUGUGGGGAUGCAGACGAGAAAGGUCAUCUGCGUAAGAGUCAACGUGGGACAAGUGGGCCCAAAAAAAUGCCCUGAGAGCCUCCGACCAGAAACAGUGAGGCCUUGUCUGCUUCCCUGUCGGAAAGAUUGUAUUGUGACUCCGUUCAGUGACUGGACAUUGUGCCCUUCUUCAUGUCAAGAAGGGGGUGUCCCAGUAAAGAAGCAGUCCCGUCACCGAGUCAUCAUCCAGCUCCCCGCCAACGGUGGUCGUGAGUGCCCAGACUCCUUGUUUGAGGAAAAGGAAUGUGAAGCUUCUCCCGUCUGCUAUAGCUACAGGUGGAAGACUCACAAGUGGCGCAGGUGCCAGCUAGUACCAUGGUACGUGCGCCAGGACAGCCCGGGAGCACAUGAGACUUGUGGACCUGGGCUACAAGCAAGAGCAAUUACUUGUCGCAGACAAGACGGAGGACAGGCUGACAUCAGUGAGUGCCUUAAAUACUCUGGCCCAUUACCAUCCUUAACACAGACCUGCCAGAUUCCCUGCCAGGAUGACUGUCAGUUUACGAACUGGUCAAAGUUUUCUUCCUGUAAUGGGGACUGUGGAGGAGUCAGGACAAGAAAACGCACUCUUGUCGGAAAAAGUAAGAAAAAGGAUAAAUGCAAAAAUUCUCAGUUGUAUCCUCUGAUUGAGAAUCAGUUUUGUCCAUGUGACAAGUACAGUGCUCAGCCUGUGGGAAAUUGGUCAGACUGUAUCUUACCAGAGGGUAAGCUGGAAGUAUUGCUGGGAAUGAAGGUACAAGGAGAUGUUAAGGAAUGUGGACAAGGCUAUCGUUACCAGGCCAUGGCAUGCUAUGACCAAAACAAUCGACUUGUGGAAACUUCACGAUGCAACACCAAGGGAACACACAUGAGGGAAGAACCUGUCUGUCCAAGACCAAAUU